GCAAAAAGUUGACAUCUUUUAAACAUUUUAUCAAGGAGAUUAAACAAAGGGAAAAAAAAAAAGUCAGUUUGCUUCUUCAAUUUGGCAAUUCUGUACUGUAUGUGCUGCUGCUUGUUGAAGAACUGACGAUAAAAUGGGAUUGCUCACUGCAAAUUAUUGGAGGUGGAGGAUUGCAGCUAACUUCUUAUCCAACAAAACCCACAUCAAUGGAAACACUUUUGGCCUCACCCAGCUAAACCCUGAAUUUGGAGGUAGGAUAGUGGCUUUCGCAGGCCGAAAAUCAGCCAAGAAACUGAAGAGAAUUAAGGAACAGCAAAGUGAGGUGAAAUUGGAUAGUAGUAAGAAUUCAUUCAAUGAUGAUAAUGGGGAGAAAGAUAGUGUCCCUUCAAAGAUUGAUACCAUCAAUGAUGAUUUUGCCUUGGUGAAUGAGAGAAGUGAGCUUAAUUUAGUUACUAAUGAUGUUCCUUCAAGGGGCACUGUUCUUCGAGCCUGUACCGUGACUUCUGGGCUGAUAGCGGCUCUAGGCUUGGCGAUUCGGGAGGUAUCUCAAAUUGCAUCUUCAAGAGGAUUGCCUGUCUUUGACUGCUCCCAAGUAUCAUUUGAUUUCCAGGUAUGGCAUCUCGAGUUGGUUAUUGGUUUGGUUGUGUUGAUAUCCUUGUCAAGGUAUACAUUACUGAAGAUAUGGCCUGAUUUUUCCGAAUCAAGUGAAGGAGCCAAUAGACAGGUCCUGACAUCCCUAGAGGCAUAUGAUUAUCUGAUUGUUGCUUUCCUUCCCGGGAUUAGUGAGGAGUUACUUUUCCGGGGUGGGCUGCUACCGCUUCUGGGGCUGAACUGGAAAAGUGCUUUGGCAGUUGCAGCUCUGUUUGGCGUUCUACACUUGGGAAGUGGUCGGAAAUCAUCCUUUGCUAUUUGGGCAACAUUUGUAGGGUUUGCAUAUGGCUAUGCUACAAUCGUUUCUUCAAGCUUAGUUGUGCCAAUGGCUUCUCAUGCGCUGAAUAAUCUUGUUGGUGCCCUUCUAUGGCAGCAAACAUCAAGAUCAUCCAAACAAAUAUCGAGCUAGAAGCCUAGAAUACUUUAAUGUAUAUACAUGAAAACAAUGAUUUCUGCAUGUAAGCUGGCGAUUUGUGGCUGUGUUAGCCUUUAAUAGUUUAGUGAUUACUGCCAUUUAGAUACACAAUUUGGCAUAAGGUGUGAUAAUUGACAUCUGCAAUGGUAAGUGUUUUCAUAUAUAUGAGUGAUACUGAGUAUGAUCUGAUAAA